CGUACGUAUAGUAAGCAACGUUCUGGCGUAUUGCCUGAAUCCGGAGAGACCGGCGGAAAUCGCAGAUUGACAGAUCUGUGAUUUUCUUUCAAAAGACUGUUCUCACAAAUCCAUCAACACUUUUUACUCUGCGAGACUGUGGAGUACCGGAAUAGGAGCCUUAAUAUGUUAUUAUACAAAUCCAUCUAAAAUCGCUUUUGCGGGAAAAAAAAAACAGAAUCACCACAACAAAACAGUAUUUUGAGGAUAAAAAAUGUGCACUACUUUUUUCCGAGGUCUCCUUCAGUCAAAGGAAGGUUAAGGUAUAGUUUCUUGAAUUGGAUUUGUCAGUUUAUACUUGCAAUGUUACUAGUGUGAAGGAGAAAAACAAAACGAAUACCCAAGUCAUUCAUCUUUGGCAAACUGGAUGGAACUAAAUCACCGAUUGUCUUCUGGAGAUGUAUGGAUUUAUUAACACGUGUUUAAAAUCCUUGGUAAUUGACAAAUUCGGAGAAGAAACAUGGGAGAAGCUAAGGCAUGAAGCUGGGGUUCAGGAUACAUUUAUGACAUUUGAGGUGUACAAAGAUGACAUCACAAUGAGAUUAGUAGAAGAGGCCUGCAAACUCUUGGAUGUUGCACCCGAUGUUGUCCUGAAACAGUUUGGGGAGUAUUUCUUUGAGUUUUGCAAGCGAUCUGGCUAUGACCAUAUGCUCAGGACGCUAGGGGGCAACCUUUUUGACUUUAUCGAAAACCUGGAUGCACUACACAGCUACUUGUCCCUCUCUUAUCAGGAGAUGAAUGCUCCCUCAUUCAGAGUGGAGAAAAUCGAAGAUGGCACAAUGCACUUGCACUACUAUUCCGAUCGACGAGGGCUGUGUCACAUUGUUCCAGGCAUAAUUGGAGCUGUGGCAAAAGACUUUUUCAACAGCGAAAUCACAAUGGAAAUAGUGAAUCAAAUGGAAGAAGAGGAAAGGACGGGGAAGAAGGAACAUAUAGUUUUCCUUGUGACUCAAAAACCAGCCUUUACAAACAAGAGACGGAGCAAAUUAUCUGCUACUCCCCAAUACCUCGCAAACUCUCGCCGACAAAGUGAAAAGCAGUUGAACAAAGAGGAUAUUGAAAAAUCAAUGCACAGAAUCAGAAGCAAAGACAAUCAGACUGCAGCGUGUCCCAUGAAGAAAAACCACUGGGAAACCGUCAGAGGAAUUGUGAAGCUGGGCAAAGGCAAACUCUUGAGAGGAUUUGAGCCCGUUUAUCCAGAAACACUGUGCAUAGAUUUAAAAACAUUUUGUAAUGCUUUCCCCUUCCACAUUGUGUUUGACGAGGAGCUCAGGGUGAAACAGGCAGGAGUAAACAUUCAGAAGAUUGUUCCUGGACUUCAGACCAUGGGCAUUCAUCUUGACCAGUAUUUCACUAUCAUCCACCCAGAAGUGACUUUCACCAUAUCCAGUGUGAGGAAGUUCAUCAACAGCCAAUUUGUCCUGAGAACUAAAAGAGAUAUGAUGCCUGAAUCCUGGAGGAGGUGCCCAAUGUUAGAAUUACGAGGCCAGAUGGUGUGGAUGGACUCUUUGCAGAGCAUGUUGUACCUGGCCUCCCCACUCCUGCGGAGCCUACAGGAGCUGGAGGAGAGGCGGAUGCACAUCUCCGACAUCGCUCCCCACGACGUCACCAGAGACCUGAUCCUCCUCAACCAGCAGCGGCUCGCGGAGAUGGAGCUGUCCAACCAGCUGGAACGCAAGAAGGAGGAGCUGCGCAUCCUCUCCAAGCACCUGGAGGAGGAGAAGAAGAAGACGGAGACCCUCCUUUACGCCAUGCUGCCCAGGCAUGUUGCCAACCAGCUGAAGGAGGGAAAGAAAGUCGAGGCAGGCGAGUUUAAAGAGUGUACAGUACUCUUCAGUGAUGUUGUGACAUUCACAACCAUCUGCUCUGAGUGUGAACCAAUUCAAAUAGUCUUCAUGUUGAACUCCAUGUACCUCAAAUUUGACCGGUUAACCACUGUUCAUGAUGUCUACAAGGUGGAGACCAUUGGAGAUGCCUACAUGGUGGUUGGAGGGGUGCCCAUCCCAGUGUCUAGUCAUGCUGAACGCGUGGCCAAUUUUGCGCUGGGAAUGAUCAUCGCAGCCAGAGAAGUGACAAACCCAGUCACAGGGGAUCCUAUCCAAAUUCGGGUGGGCUUGCACACCGGGCCGGCGCUCGCCGGGGUGGUGGGUGAAAAAAUGCCUCGGUACUGCCUGUUUGGCGACACGGUGAACACAGCCUCACGGAUGGAAAGCCACGGUGUUCCCAACAGAAUCCACCUGAGCCCCAGUGCACAUCGGGCAUUGAAGGAUAAAGGUUUUAAAGUCAUUGACCGAGGGGAAAUUGAAGUGAAAGGUAAAGGGAAGAUGCACACCUACUUCCUGGCUGGAAACCUCACAGCCACCGACAGCGAGAUCAUGGGCCGACCAUUGAGGGAAUCGGACUCUGGCCGGGAAUCUGCCCACUCCUUCCAUGAGCUCACGCGGGAGGCUUUAAGAAGGCCGGGAACUCAAGGUAUACCGAGGCCUCUGAGCAAAGACCGUCGCCCCACUGUUGCCAUGAAGUACUCAGACAGCCCCGCAGAAGCUGAAGUUCAGCCUCCCACUAAAACGUUCCCGAAGAUUAAAAACCUGACAGGCAAAACACGUGACUCAGAAAGCUAUGGAAGUCUCCACAGCGACCAGCAGUCACGAGAUGACCCUUAUCAGCUUUCACUGGAGACAGCAGUGCCAGCAGCCACAGAACCAGGCACCAGCAGAUCUGCCAGCAAGCGAGUGAGAUCAAAUUUCUGUGUGCUGCUGUAGUCUGUAUGGAAAGUAGGUUUAUAAGCCUUGAGCUUUUCUUUCUAACACUGUGAAAAAAGGUUUACAAAACUUCCACUAAAAUCUCGAGCACUCCAAAGACUUCUCCUAUAGUUAAAAGAAGCAGCCGGAGUAAUUGUUAAUUGUGCAAUAGUGAGUGUUUUCUAGAUUUGGGAUAAAAACUAUUUGUAAUUUCCAGCCACAUAAAGAAAUUGUCUUCAAGCAUUAUUUUCAUGGAAAGACGAAUAACUUACUUGGUGAUUUUGAACUUUCAAAGUCCAAUUAGUCACAGCCCUGUGGGGAGAGUUGAAAAUGUUUCGAAGGAUGUCAAACUCCAAGAGGAGAGACUUUAUAUUUUGGGGAACUUUCUAAACUCAGCUACAGUAUACACAGAUUGGUGUAAAGGACUGUUAUAGCCCUGGGUCUGGAAAUUACCCUAAAGAAAAAACAAAUGCAAAAACGGAAGAAUAUUUUUUUCAAUUUUAUUCUUACUGUUGGAACAG